AUGUAUAUUUACCUGCCCAAACGACUCCCUCGAACCAUUCUACUUUUACUUGGGGCGAUCGUCGUCAUUCUGAGCUUCUCGCCGAUCCACUAUGCGCAAGUGACAGCGCGGAAUCGGCCCGAGGAUGAGUCGAUCCCCCUCCAUCCCAUCAGCAACGAGACUUUAGGAACUCAGAAGAUUUUUGUUGUGAACCUCCCGUCCAGACCCGAUAAGAGGGACAAUAUUAUCUUGGGUUCAUCGGUCAGCGGCUUCCGUGUGGAAUGGAUUGAUGGGGUCACCCCGGACGAAGUCAAUCCCAAAUCAAUACCUCAUCAUUGGAAUCCAGACCACAAGCCCACGGAAUAUGCGGCCCGGCGUGCGCAUGUCAAUGCAAUGCAGCAAAUCGUCCAAGGCAGACUCGGAAGCGCUAUCAUCAUGGAGGACGAUGUCGACUGGGACGUGACCCUCAAAACGCAGCUCCAGAGCUAUGCGCUCGCCGUCCGAGCUCUGCAGGGCUCGGAUGGCAACUCCACCGGGUCUCCCUAUGGCGACGACUGGGAUGUCCUCUGGCUCGGCCACUGCGGUAUGAGUUGCAAGACCGAGCUGCCGGUUUUCCUGUCGCAUCAGGAUUUCACAGUGUUACCGCCCCAUCACUUCCUACCUUACUGGCGCGAUCCGCCUCCUAUCGAUCGACCCGACCAUGCGCGCCUGGUCUGCAGCGUGGGCGAUGCGGUCUGCUCUCUGGUCUAUGCUGUGAGCUACUUCGGCGCCCAGAAGAUCCUGGCGGCGCUCUCCGUUAGCCCUGGGCAGCUGGCGGAGCAGAUUGAUAUCGGGGCUCAAUUCGAUGUGUCGUUGGGCCGGAUGUGCGGGCAUGGGUAUCUGCGGUGCUUCGGCGCGUAUCCGUCGCUGACGGGGGGGUAUCAGCCCGCUGGGUCAUUCUCCAAGACCUCCGAUAUACAUGAUCAGGAUGACAGUGUGCACGGGGCUUAUAGUUUCGGGGUGAUGUAUAGUACCAUGCUUAACGUCAACCGGCUCCUGAGCGGCGAGAGGACGGUCCAUGCGACGUGGGAUGAUGUAGGAGUGCCGUUGGAUGCUGACCCGAGGAAUUUCACGGUGCUUGGAGGGUCGGUUGCGAUGUUAGUGGAGGAUGGGAUGCAGAAGAUUGUGGAUGUUUCUGCGGACUAG